UUGAACCGGGUUCUGUACUGAAUACUUGGUUAUUUUUCUAUUUUUCCAGCAUUUGCGCUAACAUGGCAGGUAAUGAUGUCGAUUACAAGCAACUUUGGAGCAUUUUUAAGGCCAUUAUAGACGGGUACAGUAAUGAUGCAGACCGCAUAGUGAAAGAUGUUACGGCUGUGUGUAAACAAGUAAAACUUCUUUUAACUAAGUGGCAAAAAUUGCCAGACGAAGAAAGGAACUUUUUGAAACAGCAUUUUAUAGACAUUUACUGCAGCUUAAGAUGUCACAUGAAGUUUCUCCGACCGGAUAUGGAAAUUAGAACACUACCGACAGAACUCGUGGAACUUGGUCGAGAAAUAAGUGAGGAUCAAAGAGAAAUGGAGAAAAUACCCGAUGCAUUUUGGGCCAUUGACCCAGGAGGCAGAAUUCUAAAAAUUAUUAGUGAAAUGUUUGCAAGCCCUGCAUUUCCACAAGGCAGUGAAACUCAUGCUUCUUCUGUUUUGGAAUUAGCACGCGACAUUUUCGGUGAGCUUAGCUCAAAAAAUAUUUUCAGGCCACGAGUUUUGGCAAAAGUAUCUUGCAAUGGAAACUGGUGUGUCGGGUCAUCAAUGGCUGUAAGUCAUGUCCUUCUACCACUUUGUUUGCACCGACGAAUUUGUGAUUUCCAUUGUUCCCUCCAAAAGGCAACAAUUAAUUUUGGUAGCCAACGUCUAGAUGAUGCCAACAAUCACAACUGGUCUUCAGCAGCAUUUAACGGCAAGAACUACCAAGAGGUCAAGCCUCCCUGUAUGAUCUGCAAGGAAAUGUUCAGGAAUUUAAAAGGCUUUAUUGGCAAGAAUGAUGGUAAUAAUAAGGGAAAAGACACCAUUUUGGCAGCAUGUGCUGAGUAUUGUCCCGUCAGCCAACUUCUUCAGGACAAUGGACAAAUGUUGUCAGAAUGUGAUAAAGCUGCUAAAGCCAAGAAUUGGGAUCAAUGUGCACUUCUUUUCCAGGAGUUCCCAAACAUUCUUAAUGAAUUUGAUAAUGCCGAGAAAUCAGGCAGAGAGGAAACGAUGAAAACAUUUGUGUUGGAAAGGAAACAUAGGCUUUAUAUAUUUGGUUUGAAACCAGAAUUGAAUGAUAAAUUUUAACAUGAUUCUUAUCAAGGAAGACAGCGGAAAAACUGCUGAUUGGCUGAGCAAAAUGAUGUAACAUCUUUGUGAUGCACCUGCGGGAACACUCGAGUAGCUCAAAAUGGCAGAUUUAUAACCACAAGUUCCGAGAGGCGUAAAGCCUUUAAUUUUUGUACUUUUCGUUGACUUACAUCGCUUUUGAUCCCACUGUGCUUAUUGACUUAAAUGGUAACCUGUUUUUUAGUGUGAAAAAUGAUUGGGUGUGUGAAAUAGGCAGCAAACAGCAGUUGCCUUAAUGCAGAGUGAGAUUCAAUUGCGUCUUCUCCAGUAUGAAAAGCUUUAGAAACGGGUGUGAUCUACUUGUACCAAUCUUGUCUAAUCUGUUGACCAUUAGAAAAUAUAUGAAUACAUGUGGUGUAAAUUUUAGAAUCACUCAUAAGUCCUGAUAAGCUUGUUUUUGGAUUUUCGCAACUUGCGUCGUGUAGGAUGUGUCAUCAAUAUAUUUUCGUUGUCGCCCAUAUCUUCCUCAUCAGUUGCUUUAUUGUGGGCUAAAAGUAGUUUUGAAGUUUUCCACAACUUUGUUUUACAUUUUUGUUGUUUAGAUUUUUGGUGUCAAGUGCUAUAGCACGAAGACACCUAUGGAAGAGUGCAAAAAAUUUCGAAAAAUACUUCAUAUACAACAAAUUAUGACGUCAUACCAGUAAGGCCACACUAAAGGAUACAUUAAUUUUUGAGUUAUUUUUUUUAAAA